AUGUCUGGCAGUAACAAUAAUGUUUGUGAUUUAAAAUUGGAAUUGGGUAAUGGGACGGAAAGACUCGACCGUUGGUAUUUUGAUUCUUCAGUUCGAAAAUGCCGUCGGUUUUGGUAUACAGGUCUAAAAGGAAAUAGAAAUAAUUUCCUUUCACGUGAACAUUGUCAACAAAUAUGUGAAGAUAAUACAAAUAUUUUAAUACCUGAUGAUAUUUUACAACAACAGGGGCAAAUUAAUGGAAAAUGGUUACCAAAAAUUUUAUUUUCUAAAAAAAGAAAUUUUUGUUUGCGAGGAGAGCCUUUAAUUAAUUCUUUUGAUGGAAAUUUAAUAAAAUGUGGAAGAGAAGAAAAAGAAGGGGAAAAUGAUAAAGAGGAUGGAGAAGAUAUUGAGAAUAAUAAUAAUUGCCCUAAUACCCAUUAUUGCCAUAUUGGGAAUUCUAUUGAAGAGAGUGGUUGUUGCCUUAAAUCUGGUAAUUUAUUCUUUAAACUUUAA